GACCUGAAACUUUGCCCACAGGAAGACCUCAGCUAAACUAGCUUCCAUAAAAAAUUUCAGAACUUUUGAACAAAAUCUUUCUGAAAUAUGAAUUUUCCAAAAGAUGCACGUUUUAUACACUAUCUAUGGAAAGGCGCCUAUAUCUUGAAAAAUUCAUAUCUUGGAAAAGACUUGGUUCAAAAGUUCUGAAAUUUUUUAUGGAAGCUAGUUUAGCUGAGGUCUCCCUGUGGACAAAGUUUCAGGUCAAAAUUCGAAAAUAUAAAUUUGCUGGAAAACUUGCAGGAAAAAUUCACUAAAAAUUCAAUAUCUCAGUCCCAGGGGCCCAUGCACCCAAACCAAGAUAGACUUUUUCACUGUUCACUAGGACCUAUCGAAUGGCAAUGAUCCCGAGCGAAAAGCGAUUUAACACCUGGAGAGGUUCCCUCGUAAGAAUUCAAGAAAUUUCAAGAAGUAAAGAUCUUGAACAUCUUUUAAUUUCUUGACUUCUUGUACUAAGAUCUUGGAAAUUCUUGGAUCAUCGUUUUGUUUUACACUCUUGUGUAAAUAUAAGUGCGAAUAUUCUCAUACUUCGAAUAACUUCGAAUUUUUUUUUUGAUCAUAGUUGUUUAAGGAAGAAUCUACGACUCUAUACGAUCGUAUAUCCAAUGGCUACGACUGUCAUAAAUAAAAACAAAAUGUAAAGAAAAUUUGUUACUCAAGCUCUUGCAACAUCCUGAGUGGCUUCACUCAAGACCUUGAAAUUUCUGUUUCCAAUAUCUUGAGUGAAAGAUUCAAGAAUCGAAGAUCUUGACUUCGUGGUAUUUUUCCCAAGAUCUGGCUACAAGAAGUUUCACUGGGGUGGGCGUAUGUCCAUUUAUUGAAGAACAAAAUAGGCGGAAUAAUGAGUUUAAGUGGCUACGAAAAAUUGGAACGAAUUUAUAUACUUUGAUUUCCCGUGCAUUUCCCAUACAUUAAAUGAUGACGAUGGCAAAUAAUACUGUAAAGAAGCUUUUUAAACCCUUUCUGACAUCACCAGUUGAUUCGUCUCCAAAAGUUUGGUUUAGGAUGACCCUUUCUACUUAAUCAGACAUAUUAUAAAGGACUUAGGAGCUUUACAAAAAAAUGGCGCCUUCCCUUGCAAUGAUGAAACAUGAACGUAUUCAAAAUUCGUUAAAAUUUAAAGUAUUUUCAUGAAUUAAACAAGGUUAAUGCGUUUGAAUAUAUUAAAAAAUUUUAACGGUUGAAAAUCGUUGAAUUUUUAAGGCGUUAAAGUCAGAAAUUAUCUAAAUGUGUUAAAAACCUUUUUGGUUAAUUUAAUUUUCACGCAAGAAAUGCCUUAAAAAAUUUAAUAUUAGACUAAAAACACGUUUUCUUGCUAGGCUAACGCGUUAAACUAUUCAUUGUAAUUUGUUUUAGUGCAUUAAUGACUUUUAAUAGAUGCGAACUUUUUCGUUUACUUUUGAUAUACAAAAAUUUACUGGGAUGUUCUGCUUCCUUUGCUUAAAUACAGAUUUAAGUUUUAGAUAUUAUGCAUCAUGCCAAAACGGUACAAUUCUUAUAUAUCUAUGAAAUGCCCAUAUUUUACCUCUAUGAAUAAUAAUGUAAUGACUAAUGUUUUACUAUUUAAUUAGAUUUCAGUCGGCUUCAUUACACAUUAAUAAAAACUGAGCCCUUUUUGCGCAACUUCUAAGUAUUUCGGUUAUUUUUUGCUUUUAGUUUUGUUCAAUUUUUUUUGUGUUUUGGUGUAACUGAAUUUUGAUGUCGAAUUUCCAAGACAAUCCUGAAUUGUUGAGUAGUGAGUAAAAACCUUUGCCGGAAUCUCUAAAUUUGAAUUUGUUUUCUUUUGCUUUAGAGGGUAAUAUUGAUGUUGAAAAUCUAAAAAGUUUGUCCGCCCAUGAACUGAAUGAAAUUCUAGAAUACUGGCCAAAAGUGAACGAACUUCCAGAAGAAAUUCAAACAAAUACAAUCUAUCGUUUAUCUUUGAAUCAAGAAACAUAUGCUAAUCAGGCCACUGAAACAUUUACAUCAGCCACAAGUACCAGCAUAACAACACCACCUGUUUUACAACCAGUAACAACCACAACAUCAGCACCGACAACCCAAACAGCCAAUGAUCUAUACAAAGAAAUGAAAGAUAAAUUUGUGAAACAGCAUCUCGAUGAUGUGUUCAACCUCUUCCUUUGUGCAACGAAAAAACAAUUUAAUGAUAAAUAUAUGAUCAAAAAACAGUAA